AUGUCAGCUUCGAUUGAGAUUGUCCCAACCAAGGCCUUUGCGGACCAAAAACCGGGAACUUCGGGGUUGCGUAAAAAGACGAAGGUUUUCGAAAAUGAGCCUAACUACACUGAAAAUUUCAUUCAGGCGAUCCUGGAGGCAAUUCCAGAAGGGUGCAAAGAUGCGACACUCGUUGUUGGGGGGGAUGGUCGCUACUACAACAAUGAAGUGAUCCAGUUAAUCGCGUCGAUUUCGGCUGCCAAUGGUGUCAGAAAGUUGAUUUUGGGCCAGAAUGGUAUUUUGUCGACUCCUGCAGCAUCAAAUAUUAUCAGGACUUACCACGAAAAAUGCACUGGUGGGAUCAUUCUCACUGCCUCACACAACCCUGGUGGUCCCGAGAAUGAUUUUGGAAUCAAGUACAACUUGAGUAAUGGCGGGCCGGCUCCCGAAUCCGUAACGAAUGCAAUGUUCGAAAAGUCUAAACAGCUUACCGAGUAUAAGAUAGUGAAGAAUUUUCCCACGGUCGAUAUCACGAAGAUCGCACAAGACCAAGAUUACGCCGGUUUGUUGAUUGAUAUCGUGGACUCCACCGCGGACUACGUGGCACAAAUGAAGUCAAUUUUUGAUUUCAAGCUGAUUAAGGAAUUCAUCGAUACUCAGAGAUCUACCAAGGGUUUCAAGAUUCUAUUCGACUGCUUGAACGGAGUCACUGGGCCCUACGGUAAAGCUAUUUUUGUAGAUGAGUUACAGUUACCCGCUGAUGAAGUGCUACAGAACUACGUCCCUCUACCAGAUUUUGGUGGCUUGCACCCAGACCCCAAUUUGACGUACGCUCACACCUUGGUAGAGAGGGUGGACAAGGAGCAAAUUGCCUUUGGGGCUGCAUCUGAUGGUGAUGGUGACAGAAACAUGAUUUACGGAUGCGGGCCUGCUUUUGUAUCUCCAGGUGACUCGGUAGCGAUCAUUGCCGAGUACGCUUCUGAGAUUCCCUACUUCAAAAAACAAGGAAUUUACGGGUUGGCCCGUUCGUUUCCUACUUCUGCUGCUAUCGACCGUGUUGCCAAGGCCCAGGGCCUCAACUGUUACGAAGUGCCGACUGGCUGGAAAUUUUUCUGCGCCUUGUUUGACGCUAAGAAGCUGUCCAUCUGUGGGGAAGAAUCAUUUGGUACUGGGUCUAAUCACGUCAGGGAGAAAGAUGGGGUCUGGGCUAUUGUUGCUUGGCUCAAUAUUCUAGCCAUCUAUCACAGAGACCACCCUGGUGCAGAUGUGUCGAUUAAGACUAUCCAGGAUGAAUUUUGGCAAAAAUAUGGUAGAACCUUUUUCACCCGUUAUGAUUUUGAACAGGUCUCUGAUGAUGCUGCUGGUGAGGUGCUACAGAUUCUCAAAGAUCUAGUCCAGAGCAAAGAUAGUGCAAUUGGCCAGCCAUUCCCUGGGGACGAAAGCUUGACGAUUUCUGAUUGCGGAGACUUCAGUUACACCGAUUUGGACGGUUCCGUUUCAGACCAUCAAGGGCUCUUUGCAAAGUUAUCAAACGGCUGUAGAUUCGUUGUGAGACUCUCGGGUACCGGUUCGUCAGGUGCCACUAUUAGGCUCUAUGUGGAACGUUACUCCGACGAUUCCUCCAAGUACUCCUUAACUGCCGAUCAAUUUUUGCACUCUGACAUUGCAGCUGUUUUGAAGUUUUUGAAAUUCAAGGAAUUUCUUGGCACUGAGGAACCUACAGUGAAGACUUGA